AGGGACUUCCUGUCUUCGUUCGCUUGACUGCGGAAGUGGAUACAGACAGCUCGGGUUGGUCUGAGUUUUGGGAGCUUUGCGCGUGUGCGAUCGUUAUUGCUUUCCUCUGGAAAGAUGCCGGGACUGGCUGCCGCUAGCCCUGCCCCGCCCGAGGCGCAGGAGAAGAAGCCUCUGAAGCCCUGCUGUGCCUGCCCGGAGACCAAGAAGGCGCGUGAUGCGUGCAUCAUUGAGAAAGGAGAAGAACACUGUGGACAUCUCAUCGAGGCCCACAAGGAGUGCAUGAGAGCACUGGGAUUUAAGAUAUGACAUGGUGGCCCACUUUGUGAAUGAAUAAACCCUGAAGAAUGAAGAAGAGUAAAUAUUUUGGAAGUUCUUUGAUGAACUUUGAUAAGUGGAUAAAGUAUUUAUAAUUUAUUAAAAAACAAAAGGAAAGAAAAUGUGGUAAA